AAGAUAGACUGAGCGUCAUAAGAUAACACUUCAUUCCCCCCCAAAACAAACAAACAAACUCAGAUGUAAAUCAUAACCUCGUAUUAUUCCGUUUCUGGUAGCUACAAAAAUAGUCUGUGAAAAUUAAUCUAAAACUAAAGAUGUGAUUUGUCAUAAAUGUGAUUAUCUUACAAGAAUCAAAGCUGGUUUUAUAAGUGGCUAUGUUCGCACAUGACGUUAGGAAUCAUCCAGCAGCAUCUGCAGCCCUCAUAGGUGCUCCCUCCUCCUCUUCCUCCUCAUCACGGUGAGGGAGGAGACAGCAGACCUGUCGCUCAUCCGCUCUCUCUCCGGCCGGUGAAGCAGCAGCAUCUCUCCGUCGCCUGUGCGUCUCAGCUCGGCUCCAUGCAGGACAGAUGAACGCUGCGACAUCUCUCUCUCUCUCAUGACUGAGACAUGCUCGCCUUCGCUUUAGUCGCUGGCUCUGUCUGGGUUGUACUAGAGCUCAGCUCCACGUUUAUGGAGAAGAUGCAGUCUCGGGAUCUGCUGCUGGGUCUUCAGCUGCCUGAGCUGGAUGAUCUGGGUCAGUUCCUCCGCUCUCUGCCCACCUCCACACUGCUGGGUCUGGGCGCCCUGACCGCUGUACUGGCCUACUGGAUCUCCACUCGACCGCGGCCCAUCACGCCACCCUGCGACCUCCGGCUCCAGUCACAGGAAGUGCAGAUGGAAGAUGGCGCUCGAAGGUCCAUGAUGGGCGACAGCUCCACGCUGCUCUCGCACUACCACGAGGACGCCAAGACCAUGUACGAGGUGUUUCAGCGAGGUCUGCACAUCACCGGUGACGGACCCUUUUUAGGCUCCAGACUCCCCAAUCAACCCUACAAAUGGCUGUCCUACAGAGAGGUGUCCAGCAGGGCGGAGCACUUGGGCUCUGGUUUGCUGUCUCAGGGAUGUCAGCCCAAUCCGGAUCAGUUCAUCGGGGUGUUUGCUCAGAACAGGCCUGAGUGGAUCAUCUCUGAGCUGGCGUGCUACACGUACUCCAUGGUGGUGGUGCCGCUGUAUGACACUCUGGGACCCGACGCCAUCCGCUAUAUCAUCAACACAGCUGAGAUCUCCACAGUGAUCUGUGAUAAAGCACAGAAAGCCGCGGUGCUCCUGGAGAACGUCCAGCGAGGAGAGACGCCGGGUCUGAAGAUGAUCAUCCUCAUGGAUGCCUUUGACACUCAGCUCCUGGAAGAAGCUCAGAAAUGCAGCGUUCACAUCCGGGCCCUCAGAGAUGUGGAGGCUCUGGGUCGAGAGCACUACAGGAAACCUGUGCCUCCCGGAGCAGAUGAUCUGUCCAUCGUCUGCUUCACCAGCGGAACCACAGGAAACCCUAAGGGAGUGAUGCUGACCCAUGGGAACGUCGUGGCCGACUUCAGUGGCUUCUUGAAAGUAACAGAUAAGGUGAUCUUUCCAAACCAAGAUGACAUUCUCAUUUCCUUCCUGCCUCUUGCUCACAUGUUCGAGAGGCUGAUUGAGGCGGUGGUUAUCUGCCACGGCGGGAGGAUUGGGUUUUUCCAAGGCGAUAUCCGUCUGCUUCCGGAUGACAUGAAGGCUCUCCGGCCCACAAUAUUUCCAGUGGUGCCUCGACUCCUGAACCGCAUGUAUGACAAGAUCUUCAGUCAGGCCAACACCUCGCUCAAGCGCUGGCUGCUGAACUUCGCGGCUAAGAGGAAAGGGCUGGAGGUGUGCCGCGGCGUGAUCCGCAGCGAUAGUGUAUGGGACAAGAUCUUCUUCCACAAGAUCCAGGCCAGUCUGGGCGGCAGGUUACGGAUGAUCAUCACCGGAGCGGCUCCCGCUUCCCCGAUCGUCCUGGACUUCCUGAGAGCGGCGCUCGGCUGUCAGGUGUACGAGGCGUACGGUCAGACGGAGUGCACCGCCGGAUGCACCUUCACCACCCCUGGAGACUGGACGGCCGGCCAUGUAGGCGCUCCGCUGCCCUGUAAUCUCAUUAAACUGCUGGAUGUGGCUGAGAAGAACUACUUUGCUGCUAAAGGAGAGGGAGAGAUUUGUGUGAAAGGCCCAAACGUCUUCAAGGGUUAUCUGAAAGAUCCUGUGAGGACGGCUGAGACGCUGGACGCAGACGGAUGGCUUCACACUGGAGACAUUGGCAAAUGGCUGCCGAACGGCACGCUGAAGAUCAUCGACAGGAAGAAGCACAUCUUCAAGUUAGCUCAAGGUGAAUAUAUUUCCCCGGAGAAGAUCGAGAGCAUCUACAUCCGCAGUGAACCUGUGUCUCAGCUCUACGUCCACGGAGACAGCCUGCAGUCGUGUCUGGUGGGUAUCAUCGUCCCGGAUCCAGAGGUUUUACCCUCGUGGGCUCAGAAGAAAGGCUUCGGGGGAUGCUAUGACGAGCUGUGUGGAAAUAAAGAAAUUAAGAAAGCCAUUCUGGAUGAUAUGGUGCGCUUGGGAAAAGCUAGUGGCCUCCAUUCAUUCGAACAGGUUAAAGACAUCCACAUCCAUAAAGAAAUGUUCUCCAUACAAAACGGAUUGCUGACCCCCACUUUAAAAGCCAAGAGACCGGAGCUGAAGGAGUAUUUCAAGACGGAAAUCGAGCAGCUGUACAGCAACAUCUCCAUGUAAUCGCUCGUCUCCAGCAGAUGAGGACGGUCCAUCAUUCCUUCACUAUUUGUUCUUCUUCAUUGAAAACUAGCUGGCACUAAACGCUCGGAACGAGCCACGGGCACGAGACCAAGCAUGAGCUUUACUCGCUAUAAGAGUAUUUAAACGAGUAAUUCCCCUUUGGCUGUGAAUGUCAACAGUUGGUGUGCCUUUAGAAAUGUGGCAGAGCUGCAACCAAAUCGAGUCGUCCUCCGAAAGCGGAAGUGGUUCCAGCUAGCAUGCAUGCUUCAUUCGUUCUCCGGUGGGCCGAGGAGGGCAAAGGUCAUCCGUGUCCAUUCACCUUUCCUUUAGGGGUCUGAAGGGAAUUCGAUUGGCAAAGCCAGCACAUUUUUGGCUAAAAGCCAUGCAUGCUGUGUGCCGGCGCUCCAUGUUUGACAUUCCCAGGCCCUUUGAGACAUUUUGCAUAUAAACCUCAUGACCAUAGGAUGCUUGUCUAGGUAGUAAAGGUCUACAAAUGUGGCUCCCUUGAUCAAAGUGAGCACGUCACACAAUCUUGGCCCGACUCGACGGAUCAACUAGCUUUUCAGUUCCUUUCCAUCCCAAAGUAUUUCAAUCGUAGCAUACUUGUUGAAGAAAUUUAGAUGUGAAACUAUUUAAGCAAUGGUUUGAAGUGUAGAGAAACCAAUAAGAUUUGAAUCUGCUCUUGAAUGACAUCAGAACUUUAUCUUUGUGUUUCAUGAAGGGAUAUGAAUGGGGACGAAUCUGCAGAGAUGUUCAUUUAUUCUCGGUUACUUUAGCUUUUGUUUUAUGGCAUUCAAACACACUGUAUUUCACCUGCCCCCUUUCAGUCUGCCUGGUCAGCCUCUAUUGUGUUUUUGUCUGUUUGCUAGAAUGUUGUUGACUUGUUAGCUAAUUUAAUGAUCAGGGUUGUUCUAUUACUCGUUUAUUUAUUGCUAUCAGAGGUUAUUCUCCAUUUGGAUGCUCUUUAUGCUUACAGAUCAACACAAGUGUAGAUUCCUCCUAAUUUCGGUCAGACUGAAGAAUAAUGCCCAACGUCUGUCUUCACGUCAUUCAGACGUCUUCAGAGUCUCUCAGCCAAACAGCUAUUAGACAGUCAGAACAUGUGAGCCUUACACAUUUUGCAUUAUGUUAAAAUUUGAAGAUAAAAGCAAGAGGUUUUCCCCCAGUUUAGACCAACAGUUUGUUGUUUGUGUUUUGGUUAUUGAACCCGUUCACUUGCAUCUUUUCCUGAUAAUAAAGUCUUUUAUGUGCAUGUACAUCUCUGCAUAUACACAAAAAUAGUGAUGAGUGUGUGCAAAACAUGUAAAAAUAAAGAAAAAUUCUUUGUAA